AUGACAUAUUAUCUUCAAACACCCUCCCUUUAUAUGUUUCCAAACUCUUGCAUCAUGUUGGCACAAGUCUUCCCAGUUGUUGUCUUUGCCCUGCGGGUAUCAUCAUCAAAUUUGGUCAAAGCUACUACCAAUGGUCAAGUAUUCCAGUGCACCAUUUAUGCCCGGGUUAACACUAGAAAACCUGGUUGUAACAAGCUUUAUACCUACACUGCUCAAUGCACUGGUCAAAGAAACUUAAUACUCAAAACUCUUCACAUGAGAGCAAGACAGGUUCACAUCAGUCUUGGAAUCAGCCACAAAACACUGUUAUUUGAUGCCACACCACCACAGCUACUACCUGUGUUACCACAAAUGGCAGUCACACUUGUUACAACUGUGUUGUACCCAAACCACCAAACUAAACAUUGUGUCAUUGUAGUACCAGUAGCUUGUUGCAACACUUUUGAAGUUUAG